AUGAGCACUAAAAAAUUUGGUCUCGAUGAUGUGGGAGUGACGAAAUUGGGUAUUGAAAAAGAUCAAGCGAAGAGUGUGAGUGACGAGCAAUGGAAGAAAGUGUUACCUCCGGAAGUUUUUGAAGUUGCCCGAGAAUCAGGAACUGAGCGACCCGGAACUGGAGGAUUCGACAAUUAUUUUGAAAAAGGUCGAUAUGUUUGCGUAUGUUGUGGAGUUGAACUUUUCAAUUCUGAUUCCAAAUUCUGGGCUGGAUGCGGUUGGCCGGCCUUCUCGAAAUCUGUUGGAAAUGACAUGAACAUUGUCAGAAUUCAGGACAGAUCGCAUGGAAUGAUCAGAACUGAAGUUCGGUGCAAAAAUUGUAACGCCCAUCUCGGACAUGUUUUCGACGAUGGUCCCAAAGAGACUGGCGAGAGAUACUGUAUCAACAGUGUUUGCAUGGCGUUCGAGAAAAAGGACUAA